AUGAGUGUGAGCCAUGCAUCAAUACAUCCGGUGGAAGAUCCGACUACGACGGACGGAGGAAACAAUAACGCGCCGAGAGUGAGGAUGAAAGACAUACAAGGGAUGCCAGGCACCAAAGGCGGCCUUGCUUUGCGUCUCUCACAGUUCAUAUUUGCUGUUACGGCUCUUUCUGUCAUGGCCUCCACCAGCGACUUCCCUUCUGUUACCGCCUUUACAUAG